UACAGUUCAGGCGAUCGUAGUUCUCUUUCGUAGCAGCUGGAAACCCACCGGUGGACGAAUGAGGUGACGUGAAAAACUAAUAUUGACCUGGGCUUCAAAGUCGUUGCUUACCUAAAAAUAAAUAAAUAAAAACAGGACAGGACUUCGAGGAAAGAAUGGGAAGCACGAGACUAAUGUUAACUGAAGAUGACUAAAAGAACCCUCGAUAUGGGAGUUUUAGGCUGGACAAGACAAUAUAUUUUACUGUUAACUUGCCUGUGUGUAGCAUCAUUUAACUAUACAGAAGCCAAUCCUGAUGCUAAAAGGCUCUACGAUGAUCUUAUAUCUCCUUAUAAUAAGCUGGUUCGCCCUGUACUAAACGUUAGCGAAGCUCUGACUGUUCAGAUCAAGCUGAAACUGUCACAAUUAAUUGAGGUGAAUCUCAAAGAACAAAUUAUGACAACGAAUGUUUGGGUGGAACAGUACUGGGAAGACUACAAACUCAAAUGGGAUCCGAGAGAGUAUGGAGGGGUAGACAUGUUGCACGUGCCUUCUGAUCACAUCUGGAGACCCGACAUUGUUUUAUAUAACAAUGCAGACGGAAACUUUGAAGUGACUCUGACCACUAAAGCACAGGUCAACUACAAGGGUCUGAUCGAAUGGAAACCUCCAGCAAUUUACAAGAGUUCCUGUAUCAUCGACGUAGAAUACUUUCCUUUCGAUAAACAAACCUGCGUGAUGAAAUUUGGAUCUUGGACGUAUGAUGGGUUUAAAGUGGACCUUCGUCAUAAAGAAGAAAUUCCAGGAACUAACAGGGUUGAGAUAGGAAUAGACUUACGUGAGUUCUAUCUGAGCGUGGAAUGGGACGUCCUUGAGGUUCCGGCUAUUCGCAACGAAAAGUACUACACGUGUUGCGAGGAGCCUUACAUUGAUAUCACUUUCAACAUCAGCAUGCGAAGGAAGACGUUGUUCUACACCGUCAACCUGAUCAUUCCGUGCAUGGGGAUAUCUUUUCUGACCGUCUUGGUGUUUUAUUUGCCCUCGGACAGCGGGGAGAAGGUGACUCUUAGCAUCUCCAUCUUGCUGGCUCUGACCGUGUUUUUUCUUCUUCUUGCCGAAAUCAUCCCGCCCACAUCGCUGACCGUGCCUCUAUUGGGCAAGUACCUGCUCUUCACCAUGAUCCUCGUCACUCUUUCCAUCUGCGUCACUGUCGUUGUGCUUAAUGUGCACUUUCGCACGAGAUCUACCCACCGCAUGAAACCCUGGGUGAAGCGGGUCUUCAUGCAAAUGCUACCUCGACUCCUUCUCAUCAGGAGACCUUCAGACAAUUCUUCAGACUCCCGAAAGGUCAUGAUUCGGACCUGCAAUGGAACAGAGCUCCGUGAUUUCAAUACACAUGGGGAGCCGUUUCCUCGUAGAAACAGCUACGACACAGAAUGUGGCUCCGAACUCAAUUUUACUGGUUGUAGAAUACAUGGGCCUGGUGUUCGUCCCCUUGCGCCCAUGGGAACUCCCAUGACGUCAGAACAAGCCAUGGUUCAAGAGCAGGAGAGGACUCCUCCAGGAAUUCGAAGAUUACAUUUUUGUCCUGAAUUUGAAAGAGCAAUGGAGUCUGUACAAUUUAUAGCAGAUCACACACGAAAAUACGAAGAACAUAUAUCAAUGAAAGAAGACUGGAAAUACGUUGCCAUGGUAUUGGACCGUCUUUUCCUCUGGAUUUUUACCGUGGCUGUCCUCGUGGGCACUUGCGGUAUCAUUCUCCAUGCGCCAACGCUAUAUGACAACCAGGAACCGAUUGAUAUAAAACAUUCAGAAGUAGCUAUGGCAACAAAACAUCAUAAACUAUUUUACUCGUGAAUUAUUUAAUCGGAAAACCUUCAGUUCAUUUUGAACCAAAGCUUAAAAAUCGGUAUAUAAAGAAAAUUAAAAUAAAAAACAGGCCGUUAAAAGCCUGGUUAAAGGAUAUUAAACGAUUCUUGUGAGAUGCAAACCUGUGCUUCCAAGCGUAGGUAUCAUGGUGUUGUGCCCCUGUAAGGUGUCAGUUGGUUUAAAAUAACUGGUGUAAACAUGCUUCGGUGCGGGAUAUGGAUAAACACUUGGAGUCAAAUGGUAUUACUGACUGGAGAAUGAGAGUUAUGAUGAAAUUCACACAGAAAACACAAACAUUCAGUUACAUUAAAAUAUUGUUUUUAUUAGCUGCAUUAUGACAUUAACACAAUGAUUGACUCAACAGGUGUAAUUCCUGAAAGGUGCUCAAUUGUUGGUUUGAAUUUUUUUACCAAAUAUGGCAGCAAAUUCGUCUAUAAAAUUCCCCCUUUUAGAUUCAAGAUUAAUUAGUGAAUACCCUUGGCACGUUUUCCUUCAAUCGAAGAGCCGUGACUGGAAACUGGUCCUCAGUUCUUUUAAAUCGAUCUUCUUGUAGUCCGUGUAAAUACGUAUAAUUGAAUAAAUCUUUUAGAAAGAUUUAUAAAGAUUUCUUGUAUUGCUAAUUAUUAGGAUUGUCUGUAUUUAGGGUUCUGCAAACGAAACUUUACUAUUAAAUACCUUUUUUUUCUCUCUCUCUAAAAACGAGACGAAUAAGUUUGUUUGAGACGUAAAAUAUUAUCUGGUGUUCUUUCUAUAACCUGUACAAAAUAUAUCAAAUUGGUUAUUUUUAUGAUGAUAAUUUCUAUGGACUAGAUAUAGAAAAUUCACACUGACAUAACAAAAACAGUACGUUGUAAUGGAGAUGAGUCACGAGAGUAUUUUGUAAUUUUUCUUUUAUUCAGUUUUCAGAAAGAGUUUGAGGGUUGGUACUAAAUGAAUUACAUAGAAUAGCGUUUACAUGUUUACUUUUCUGUAACUUUGAGAAUCCUCAGUAAACAUCUCAAAUACGAUGUUGACAAAAAAUAAUAUCUGAGAUCAUUCUGCUAUUUAACUGAAUUAUAUUUUAUAGUAUAAAUAUAGAAAGAUAGUGAGUGAUUUGCAUAUAAGUUAUAUAUAACGUGUAUAAAGGCUCUGAUGCAAUUCAUGUUCGUCAUGAAUUUGUAGUUUUCUGACUUUACAGUCAAUUAAUGACAAAACAAUCUCAAUGGUGAAGGUGACUUCGCAAUAAACCUUGCCAGUUUUGUAAAACUCUUAUUAGAUUAAACUACUCUAAGUCUUAGGUUCUUAUCUGGUAUAUUUCCAGUUCCUCCACAAAGUUUCUUGGAUGGUUUUAAUCAAAAAGCGUUGUAGCGCGUUAAAAGAAGAAUAAAACGAAGUUACUUACAAAACACCAGGAAGUGUGUUUGCUUUACACUGAUUACCUCAAAUGAUAUUUAUUGCUAUACGUUAUGCGACGUCUUUGGUGUCCUAUCUGUGGGAAAGGUGUAAACAGUCUAGGUUUUGUCGCAUAAUUUUGUUUGAUAUCCAUUGAUAAAAAAACCUGUGCUGGUGAAUGACACCAUAAGAGCCGUUCUUACAUAAUAUUUAAAAAUUAUCCUGUAGAUGACGCUUUUACUGGUCCAAAUUGAUUUUUAGAUGUUUAUGUCAUUAAUAUAUUAAAACUGGAAAAGUAAAACACAGAAACGGUUCAAUUUCAUAAUCCUAUUAGCCCAAGUUGUUUAAGGUUUCUGUCUGAAUUGAAUAUGCGAACUUUUAUUACAAAGAAAUGAGCGAACAUUUUGUUUAGGACAUUAAUUUAUUACCUAUAUUAACCGAAGGCAUUGUUAAAGAGUGAGUGUACUAGUAUUUUUUAUUGUGUAAGUUGUCCCCCGGGUAGGUAAGUAGUUAUAAUUCAGGGAUAGAUUCUCUGCGAUGGACAGAGCACAGAUUACCCUAUUUUUAUUUUUAGGUCUCUAUUGGAUUAACUCAAAUAAUUAAAGAUUAUGAAGUUAACGAAGUUUUAAAUGUUUAUUUUUGUUAUGUUUGUUGUUAGAGGAAAGCAGUACUGAAUACAACUGGUAAAGUAUAAGGUAGGUAAUGUGGGCCAU